AGACCCAUGUACACACAGGGAGAACAUGCAAACUCCACAGACUGAGAAGGAAUCAAAUUCAUGUCCUCUCAUUCCACCUAGAUGCUGUGAAACAGCAGCACUACUUGCUGUGCCACCAAUAUCUUAAGAGCAAAAGACACAUACAGGGUGGUGAACAAAAUUAUGGAAACCACAAGUGAAAAAGGAGUUUAAAAUUUAAGUAACUAAAUCACAAUUACAAAGGCAACUACAAAGGGGAGUCAUAUUAGGUUGAAUGCUAAUUAUCAGUAUGUGCCUGCCAUAAAAGAGUGUCGAUACUUAGCAUUUAGAUAUGUGAGUUUAAACAACAUGAGGCAAGUAACAGAGUUCCAGCGAGGCUAAACAGCCAGUGAAUGAACUGCAGAUACAUUUGUGUCAAAAACUGCAAAUUUAACGUGUUAAACGGAUCUGCCUCAAAAAUAAAUACAACAUGUGCCAAACGUGGAAUUUCUGCAGGGCAUGGUGCCUAAUAGAUUUCUUUCAUCCCAAAAAGAACUGGAGGCUUCUUGAAGAACAGUGAAAUAUCCCACUGCGCAAAUUUCAGGAUUUGCAUGACAGUAUGAGUAUCCCAAGAAGGGCUGAAGCUGUUGUGAAGCCAAAGGGUGGUCCGAGUACUUGAUAUUAAUAUCUUGUGUUUCUGUUAUUUUGUCCACUCCCUGUAACUUCAGGCUAACGCUUGGACCUGAGGGACCUGCUGAGAUGUUCGUCGCUUUGGACAAAAGCAUCUGCUAAAUGAAUAAAUGUAAAUGUAAAUGAGGGAAAGAAAACUAUAACUCACUCUAAAAAGACUUUGUGACCACAGGUGACACAAGGGGCAGUACGGAGGCACAGUCAGUAGCACCACUGUCUCAUGGUGUCUGGGUGGUGCAAAAGGAUGUGGGUUUGAUCCCUGUUCACUCUGUGUGGAGUUUGCAUGGGUUUUCUCCCAUAGGUCAAAGACAUGCUGUUCAGGUUGACUGGCGAUUCUAAAAUUACACGUAGUGUGUGAGUGACAAACAGGAAGUGUGUUUGCCUGGUGUAUGGAUGACUGACUUGUUGUAAGUAAUGUAUGUAGCACUGUAAGCCACCCUGGUUGGGAAAAGGUGUGGUCUGGUACUACCACAUACUAGUGUUCAGGGGAAGUCACUUUGGAGAAGAGCAGCUGAUAAAUGAAUACACGUAAAUUACUGAGCUCAUAUGGUGUCACUCGCAAUUAAACUUUUUAGCUGAUUUUGGUUGAAUUAUUAGUGGACAGUUCAAAGCACAACCAGACUCUCUUGGUAAUAAUUUUCCAUCCAUACCAUAGGGGUGUGCCUGUGCGAUGCAACAAUAGCGUCUAGUAUCUACGCUUUACUUUUUUCAGUAUUCUAUUUAUGCUAAACACGAUCGGUAUAUUUUAGUUAUCCAACAGUUGUCGCAGUCCUAAACCAUAAAUCUACGUUUCUAUGUUUCGAAAGCGGGCUGCUGGGCCAGUUAUUGCGUAUUAUGCACCAAAGGCAUAACCGAGAGCAGAAAACAACCUCAUAUCACCAUGCAACGUGCCGCCGCGCGAGGGCGUCCGUUGUGCUACUUGACACAAAUUAAACUUUUAAUAGCCAAACAUCCCUUUAAUGCUGAAAGGCAAAUCGGGCCAAGGAAAAUUACUUGGACCCCGCUUUAUUAAUAGAGGUGAAGCACGCGCAAUUCUGUUGCUCGUUUUCGCAGAUAUCCCGCUCCGAAGGGAGUGCCCCCAUCCUGGAGAGCCCUGCGAUGCCGAGGCGAGCGCUCAACUUCGCCCCUUUUCCCAGGAGCUGCUCCGCAAAGCGCUCCUGUCCGCACGGCUUUGCGAACGGCUUAGCCGAGGCUUCCGGACUGGUACCUUUCUCAGCUUAAGAGCCCUACCGUGUUGGAGGAAACUGAGAGUAAAUAAAGCAGAAAAAGCACAACCUCUCGCACGCCGUGGCUGCCCAUGUUGUUGUUCCCAAACAGGUCCGCUUCUGUUAUAUUAUAUCGCCGCGCCUGAAGGCCGUAGUCGCGUUCAUUUAAAUCACAGCAAAGAAGCAACUGCCACAAAAAAAAAAAAAAAAAAAAAAAAAAGGAAACCUAAAUAUCAGCGUGACAGUAAACACGCUUCGGUCUUAAAAGCGCUCUUAACCAUAUGGCCGCUGCGCAGGAAGCCGCGCCCGUGUCCACCUCGGAGGAGAGCCGCUCGGGCAGCAAGAAGAAAGCUGCGGCGACCAGGAGGGCCAAGUCGGCGGCUGCUGGGACUGGCAGUUCCACCAAGAAGAAGAAAAACAUCAUCAUCAUCAAGAACAACAACAACAACAACAACAACAACAACAAAAAGAAGAAGAAGAAAAAGAAGAAGAACCAGCCCGGUAAAUACAGCAUGCUGGUGAUUGACACCAUCCGCAAACUGGGCGAGAGGAACGGCUCCUCUCUGGCCAAAAUUUACAACGAAACCAAAAAGGUGUCGUGGUUCGACCAGCAGAAUGGGCGCACGUACCUGCGCUACUCCAUUAAGGCGCUGCUGCAGAACGACUCGCUCGUCCAGGUGAAAGGCACCGGGGCCAACGGCUCCUUCAAGCUGAACAAAAAGAAGUUCGAGAAGCCUGCAGAAAAAAAGAUACAGUCGAAGUCCGCAAAAAGCGCGGCCACCGCCGCGGCCAAGAGAGCAAAGAAGCCCGCCGAGAAGAAAGUGAAGGCAAAAGUGAGUCCUAAACAAAAGACGCCGUCGAAGUCCCACGCCACUUCGAACAAGAAGACCGCCAAGCCUAAGAAGGUGGUCAAGAAGCCGAGUGCCAGCCCUCCCAAGAAGGUAAAGAAGUCUAAGAAGAGCAGCAAGAACACGGUACCGAAGAUGGCAAAGAGCUCUCGAGCGGCGCGAGGGGCCAAGUGAGAGAGCGUGAGGUGGAGCGCGUGCACGCAUCUGGAACGCGCUCCCAUCCAUCCAACCAUCCAUUCAUCCAUCCAUCUACUUGUCUAUCCUUAUACUCUGUGUUUUACUGUAAGCAGCUUAGUGCUAUUCGGUUUUACACUUGCUGAGCUUUGGCGACACAUGAGAGUUUUAACAAUAAAAAUGAACCGUGGUAGGAUGCUUUUCUGAAUAAGUCUGAUACGUGUGUGAUAAUUGUUGUAUGCAACCUUUUUAGCUAGCUGGCAAACGUCGUUAGCCUCGUGUUUUUUCUGUUAUAUAUUUUUUUUUCUUCAGAUUGUGUCCACGUCUCUAACGUGCUCAGUUUAGACUACGACGGGUUGUUCUGAUUUGACGUGUUCGGUUCACGCUCCCACAUGUCUGACAUGUGUAUGUGUGUCAGUCCAAACGGGGGGGACCAAGAAAUCGUGUAUAUUGUACAUGUCAUAUAUUUUUUGUGCUUUGCAACUGAGCUGAAAUUGUUUUGCUUUUUUCCUUGAGAAAAAAGUUGUUAGCUUUUGUAAAGAGUUUUAUUAUUAGAAACGGAAAAUGUAAUCGCCUUGAAAUAUAGGAACAGCGUUUUUUUUUAACCUUAUAUUCCAGUGAAAGCAACUUAUUAAAACUGACAGGAACUUUGUGGAAUGUAUUGCUGUUAGUGUCAUGGUUUUGCACAUACUUCUGUGUAAUAAAGAGGUUAACCAUUAAAGUUCUCAAAAA